AUGGCCGUGAUUGCCUUAUCCACGAUUUUGACAGCUGUCAAAGCUGGCGUCGCUUUGAUUGGCGUUGGUAAAAUAGCAAUAUUGCCGUUUCUCAUAGCUGCGGUGACAUACUUCCACUACGACCAAUUCGACCCCGAAAAUAGGCCAGUCGAUCGCAAACAAGUUGAUUCUUCUUAUGAUUUUAUCAUCGUCGGUGGAGGUUCUGCUGGAUCGGUCCUUGCGAAUCGUCUGACCGAAAUUGCCGGAUGGAAGGUGCUCCUACUGGAAGCUGGGGGACAUGAAACGGAAAUUACUGACGUACCCAUAUUGAGUCUGUAUUUACACAAAAGCAAGGUUGAUUGGGGUUACAAAACGGAACCACAAGAAACAGCUUGUCAAGCAAUGGUAGAGAACAGAUGCAGUUGGACGAGAGGAAAAGUUUUAGGUGGAUCCAGCGUGCUGAAUACAAUGUUGUACAUUAGAGGCAACAAAAGAGAUUUCAACAGAUGGGCAGAUUAUGGAAACGAAGGGUGGUCGUAUGAAGAAGUUCUACCGUAUUUCAAAAAAAGUGAAGAUCAGAGAAAUCCAUAUUUAGCCAAGAACAGAAGAUAUCAUUCCACAGAGCUAGUCGAGAAAUCAGGACAAUCGAUGAUUCAACCCGAAGAAGUACUCAUCAUCGACGAACCUGAAUUAUCAGUAACUGCCGAUCAUGCAGCUAUUCAAAUAAAUAUGACACCACCUCUAGUCAAUGAUGAGACAUUUACAGCGGAACCUGGCAAUAAAGGUGUCACUGAACCAUUGUUAUCAAAGACUGAUAAAGAGUUGAAGACCGCUGUACCAUCGCCAUCAGCAUUAAGUGAUCAGAGCAUUUUCCAAAAUAAAGAUCUAACCAGCAAUGAUGAGCAACAGCCAUCUACGAGUCAAAACCUCCAAGACCACAUAUCAAGCGUUGUUACCUUCCUCAUAGACCAUCCCAUUAGCUUGGUCAUCAAUAGACUAGUCAACCUGAACACAGCCCUACGAUAUGCCGUGAAGGAAGAUGGUCCUUUGACUUCAUCGAUCGGCCUGGAAACAGUAGGAUUCAUUCCCACGAAGUACGCAAACAGAUCUGAUGAUUGGCCCGAUAUGGAGUUCAUGCUCACCAGCACGACAACACCGGCUGAUGGGGGAACGCAAGUGAAGAAAGCUCACGGAUUAUCCGACGAAUUUUACAAGGAGGUGUACGAGAGUAUAAAUUUCAUCCCCAGCAUUAUGUCCAACAACCCUUUGGAAUAUCCACUUCUUUACCACAACUACUUGACACAUCCACACGACGUGAACGUACUUCGAGAAGGUACGAAGGCGGCAGUCGCUUUCGGACAAACGGAGGCUCUGAAGAGAUUCGGCGCGCGGUUCCAUUCCGUACCAGUACCGAAAUGUAAGCAUCUGCCUCAGUUCACUGAUGAAUACUGGAACUGCUACAUUCGACAGUACACAUUGUCUAUCUACCAUUAUUCGUGUACAGCAAAAAUGGGACCAGAAAGUGAUCCCUAUGCGGUGGUGGAUCCGCAGUUAAGGGUGUACGGAAUAUCAGGACUAAGAGUUAUAGACGCUUCCAUAAUGCCCUUCAUAACAAAUGGCAACAUCAACGCACCUGUCAUCAUGAUAGGAGAAAAGGGAGCGGACUUGGUGAAAAGUUACUGGCUGACCCCGACUACGAGAAAAAGAAGAAGAGACAUUUCAGUGAAUUAUAAUAUGAAGUUACAAGAAAAACCGUAUUGCAAUGAAACACUGACAUAG